AUGAAUCCCGAGGCAACAAUGCAUCUUAUACAAAUUUUGGAUAGAACAGUUUCUGGAGACAAAAAUGAACUUGAAGCAGCAUUAACCUUUUUGGAACAAGCAGCUCAAACAAAUUUGCCAGAAUUUAUUAAAACACUUUCUGAUAUUUUACACCAUGGAGGAAAUAGUCCAGUUGUUCGAAUGGCAGCUGGCCUGCAACUUAAAAAUACACUCACAUCUAAAGAUCAAAACCUUAAAACUCAGUAUCAACAAAGAUGGCUUUCUUUUCCUGAAGAUACAAGAGCAUAUAUUAAAAACAAUAUAUUGGCUUCAUUAGGAACAGAAAAUACUAGGCCCAGUUGCGCAGCUCAGUGUGUGGCAUAUGUAGCAGUGGUCGAAUUACCUAACGGUCAAUGGAAUAAUUUGAUUGAAACUUUAGUGUCAAAUAUUGUUGCCACAACUAGUACAGAAAUGUUAAAAGAAGCCACUUUAGAAGCAAUUGGAUACAUAUGUCAAGAAAUUGAUCAUGAAGUUUUAAUGGGUCAAUCAAAUGAAAUAUUAACUGCUAUUAUCCAUGGUAUGAGGCCUAAUGAACCCAGUGAUCAUGUACGAUUGGCUGCCACAACUGCUCUCCAUAAUUCAUUAGAAUUCACUAAAGCUAAUUUUGAUCAAGAAACGGAAAGAAACUUUAUUAUGGAAGUUGUUUGUGAAGCGACUCAAUCAUACAACACUCAAGUUCGAGUUGCUGCACUUCAAUGUCUUGUUAAAAUUAUGUCCUUAUAUUAUCACUACAUGGAGCCAUACAUGGGCCAGGCUUUAUUUCCUAUUACAUUUGAAGCCAUGAAGUCUGAUGUAGAUGAUAUUGCUUUACAAGGAAUUGAAUUUUGGUCAAGUGUUAGUGAUGAAGAAAUUAAUCUAGCUGUAGAAGAAACGGAAGCAGUUGAAAAUGGGCUUCCUCCCCAAAGGACAUCCAGGUUUUACGCUAAAGGAGCUCUUCAAUUCUUGGUCCCCGUUUUAAUGACAAAACUAACAAAACAAAUGGAUGAUGAAGAUGAUUGGAAUCCUAGUAAAGCUGCAGGAGUGUGUCUCAUGUUAUUAUCCAAUUGUUGUGAAAACGAUAUUGUUCAAUAUGUUUUGCCGUUUGUCACAAAAUACAUCAAAGAUUCCGAUUGGCGUUUUAGGGAAGCUGCUAUUAUGGCUUUCGGAUCUAUAUUGAGUGGUUUAGAUCCGGCUACAUCUAAACCAUUAGUAGAGCAAGCAAUGCCGACACUAAUAGAACUUUUGUACGAUAAUUGUGUCGUCGUUAGGGAUACGGCUGCAUGGGCUUUUGGCAGAAUUUGCGAAUUAGUUCCAAUGGCUGCUAUAAAUCCAACUUUCUUGAAGCCUAUGCUUGAAGCCUUUGUUAUGGGUCUUAAGCAAGAACCAAGAGUUGCUACUAAUGUCUGCUGGGCAUUUACUGGCCUAGCAGAAGCAAGUUACGAUCUUGCCACCGAAGGAUUAGAGGAAGGAAUACAACCCAAAACAUAUUGUUUAUCAUCUUAUUUUGAUUACAUUGUUGAACGUUUGUUAGAAACUACUGAUCGACCAGACGCCGCUCAGGCGAAUUUGAGAGCUUCUGCUUACGAAGCUUUGAUGGAAAUGGUAAAAAAUUCUCCAUCAGAUUGUUAUGUUACUGUUCAACAAACUACAAUGAUUAUUCUCGAAAGAUUAAAUCAAGUUUUGCAAAUGGAGUCUCAAGUUAUAACUAGUAAUGAUAGAGCUCAGUAUAAUGAUCUUCAGGGAUUACUUUGUGCCACUCUCCAGAGUGUUUUGCGUAAAAUGACUCCAGAUGAUGCUCCCAAAUUCUCUGACAAUAUAAUGACAGCAUUACUUCAAAUGUUCAACUCCAAUUCAUGCAAAUCCGGUGGAGUUCAAGAAGAUGCUCUUUUAGCUGUAGCUAAUUUGAUGGAUAUUUUAGGAGAAAAAUUUAUUAAAUACAUGAAUUCAUUCAAGCCAUUUUUCUUCAUAGGUUUGAAAAAUCACGAAGAAUAUCAGGUGUGCAUUUCGGCAAUCGGGUUAGUAGGAGAUUUAUGUCGAGCUUUAAAAUCAAAAGUGUCCGAAUACUGUGACGAAAUCAUGGUAUUGCUUUUAGAAAAUUUAAGUAAUGAAAAUGUUCAUAGGUCUAUUAAACCUCAUAUAUUUUCUGCUUUUGGAGAUAUUGCUUUGGCUAUUGGGGCAGAAUUUAAAAAAUAUUUAGAGGUCGUUUUACAAACUCUUUUACAAGCAUCUCAAGCAGAUGUCGAUAAAAAUGAUUACGAUAUGGUUGAUUAUUUAAAUGAACUUCGCGAAGGCGUGUUGGCAGCUUACGCGGGAAUAGUGUUGGCAUUAAAAGGAGAUGGUCAAACGCCGUCCAACGAUGUUUUCCUUUUGGAACCUCAUUUACCUUAUAUUAUACAGUUUAUAUGCAAAAUAUCGGAAGAUACUGAAAAACCAGAUAGUAUUCUAGCGGCUUGUUUAGUUUAUGAUUAUGUAAGCUACCAUGCUGACCAGACAAAUAACCGAAGUUUUAAGCAAGGAAAGAAAUCGCGCACACAUACCACUAAAAGUUUAGCAUCGUGGGCUGCAAAAGAACUUCGAAAGAUCAAAACUAUGCCGGCGCAAGCCAGCUGGUGA